UGAACGGUGAGCGCGAGCGCAUUGCAGUUCUGGGCGGGAAGCUGCGGCGACAUCUUUUGAAGCUUUAAAAAAUAUUAAUAAUAUUUGUGAAGUGUUUUUAAAUUAAUUAAACCUAAGAGAUAGUGCUCUAAAAUUCAAGAAAAGGAUCCAAUAUGAAGCUGCACUUACUGAUGAUAUUGCCGCUAAUUCUGUCUACAGUUGCGAUUAAAGUUCCUGUAGAUAAAAAACAAGAUGAAUCGGAGGAUGAUACUGAAGUAAAGACAGAUGAUACUCAGAAUAAGCCGAUAUACUAUACCUCAGAUGAAGGCGUCGAUAGCUAUUUGAUUCCUCCGAAUCCUCACACACAAGAAGAAGUAUUACCUGAUUCAAUUGUGACGCCAGCGACUUAUCUAUUACCACCGUCCGCUGAUAAACAAGCAGGGUAUUACUACGCGCCUACGGAGUCUGAAGAGCAAUCCGAUUGGUACCCAAUAGCUCAACAGACAGUACCGCAGGAUCAACCGGUCAAAUUGCUCCCACCGAAACUGCAAAGCGCUGCAAUCCCUAUAUUCCUUUCCAACGCCAAUGAUUCCAUACCAUUCAAAGUUAUACAAAACCCGAGGUCUGGAAAAGUGCUCACAGACAGAUUUGUUGUACCCAUACCGUCUGUGAAACUUGAACCUCCCGCAGAAGACGCGCCAAAUGUGUACACGGUACAAACUCCCUCUGAAGAGCUGGAGUUGCCAGCAGAAGAAAUAGAUCACCAGUAUGACAUUCCAAAACUAUCUGCAAACAAAGGCGAACAUUACUUGGACCACCAACAACCCAUUGCUCCUCAUCUCUUACCACCAAAACAAUUUAUCCGUAAAUACAAAAAACUAACAAAAAUCUACCCAAAGAAGUACGAAGGAAGUUUCAAGCCUGUGCCGAUACCUAUAGCUCAGUUUGCUGACGAGGCACUUUCAGAGGUCCCUAGAGCAAAACCUGCAAAGUAUUUCAAGCCUUUACCAAGCAUAGAUGGUGUAAAUUUGACGCCAAUUGAUGAGAAGAGGAUAUACCAGUACGAGCUUGCUCAACAAAAACAAAAAUUGAAAGCUGAAGGAUCACAGGAACAACAAGACGAAUCAGCAGAGAAAUACGUGCCCGUACCACCGACAGAACAAGACGCUUCGGAAUCUCACUACAGAUACCCUGGACACAACGUAUAUCCAGUGCCAUUGAGGCCGGUGCCCGCGGCGGCGCCGGCGCCGAUUCGUGUUGCACCGACCGCGGCUCCACCCCCGCAGAACCAUGCGCAAGCGCCGCCAGCACCUGACGACCGUACUGAGUUCCGCAUGCAUGGGAUGAAGGGACCGCACAGCUACCAGUUUGGAUACGACACUGGCAAAGGCAAAAACCGCCAGUUCCGUUACGAGGAGCGAGACAACGACGGCCUCGUCCGCGGCCACUACGGCUACAUGGACAAGCACGGCAAGCUGCGAGUCGUGAACUACAGGGCGCACCCCGAACACGGCUUCCAGGCCGACACGCAGGAGGAGAACAAGGAGUGAACGAGUCACGGCUAGGAUGCGCGCCGUGAUAAAAUCUGAUCGAUGUUUUAAACGAUAAAUCGAUAAAAUGGCUUGCAUCCUACGCCUACAGAAAUAGACACAGCUAGA